CUUUACCGCCUAUUCAUUUUGGAACAGUACGUUAUUUUCUAAGUGUUCUGCACGGAGGUGUAUUUUGAGACGAGUUCGGUCAAAUUCUAUUUCAAUUUGGAGAACAUCGGCUAACUUUGAUAUAGAUGGAAAGAAUCGAUAAGAGUAAGGGAACCACUGCUAAGGACGUCGAGGCUAUGAAGCUGAUCAAGGCUUACGCUGAGUACCUCAAGAAGAAGGGAACCGUCUCUCUCCCCAAGCUCCAUGACAUCAUGAGAACCAGAGUGUUCAGCGAGUACAGUCCGUAUGACCCUGACUGGUACUUCAUUCGUUGUGCCGCCAUUGCUCGCCACCUCUACAUUCGACCUGAUGUGGGCGUAAAGUCUCUUCGUGAUGCUUUCGGUGGUCGUCAUCGCAACGGAGUUCGUCGUCAGUACCACGAUCAUGCUAACGGAAACAUCAUCCGUCACUGCCUUCACAACCUGGAAGCUCUGGGACUCGUGGAGGUCGGCAAGCACGGUGGUCGCAGACUCACCAACGCCGGAUACAAGGAUCUGGACCUCGUUGCUAGACAGAUCUAAGUGAGCAGUAGAGCGGGUGCAAUAUGAACAUU